CUUCUGACUGGAGUAUAUAAGGCAGUGCAGAGGUAGCUCGCUACCUUCUUGUCUGGCCUUAAGAUGGCACAGAUGUGGAGUUUAGGUCUGCUCUGCUUCCUCAUUGGCACAUCAUAUGCGGCCGAGGUCUGUUUUGAUGAGCUGGGCUGCUUUGAUGACCUGCCUCCCUGGGGGGGCACUUCUCAGAGGCCAGCCUCCGUCCUGCCCUGGCACUACGAGGAGAUCGGCACCCGCUUCCUCCUCUUCACCCAGAAGAACCGCUACUACCAGGAGCUCAAGACUGAUCAAGCCAUCCAGGCAUCAAACUACAGUGGGUUGAAAAAGACUCGAUUCAUCAUUCCUGGUUACUUGGAAAAAGGCGAUGAGGACUGGCCACAGGAUAUGUGCAAGGUUAUGCUGAAGUGGGAGAAUGUGAACUGCAUUGCUGUGGAGUGGAAGAAAGGUGUGAAGACUAAAUAUGCCCAGGCUGCUAAUAACGCCAGGGUGGUGGCUGCCCAGGUGGCAUCCAUGAUCACGUUCCUCAUGGACGAGUACAGGCAGAAGGCUGAUAAGUUCCAUAUUAUUGGACACAGCCUUGGAGCUCAUGCUGCUGGAGAAGCUGGAAGCAGGAUCCCUGGUCUCGCACGUAUCACAGGGCUGGACCCAACUGAACCCUACUUCCAGAACACUGAUGUCUCUGUCCGGCUAGACACCAGCGACGCCACCUUUGUGGAUGUCAUUCACACCGAUGAACUUCCUUUCAACUCCAAACUUGGUCUGGGCGUGUCACAAUCAGUGGGCCACAUUGACUUCUACCCCAACGGAGGAGAGCUGAUGCCUGGCUGCUCGGCAAACAAAGGCAAACCCACUGACCUGGAUGCCAUCUGGGAGGGUAACAAGAAGUUUGAUGCCUGUAACCAUGUCAGAGCACACCAGUACUACAGCGAGAGCAUAGUGAAACCACAAGGCUUUGUAGGAUUCCCCUGCUCUGACAAGACCAGUUUUGCUGCUGGAAAGUGUUUCCCAUGUGCAGACAACACAUGCCCUCUGAUGGGCCACUCUGCUGACAAGUUCACCGUGACUGAUGGCAUUUCAAAGAUGAAGUACUUCCUCAACACAGGAAGUUCAAGUCCCUUUGGCUGUUACAGCUUCAUGGUUAAAGUUACCCUGGAUGGUCCCAGCUGGCCCAACCCAGGCUUUAUGUAUGUGGCACUGUCUGGAGACAAAGACAGCACUAAGGAGUACCGGCUUCAUAUGGGUUCAAUGACGCCCGGACGGACCUACGAGUUGCUGAUCGAUGCUGAGGUGGACGUGGGUGAUGUGACAGAGGUAAAGUUUCGGUGGAACAACCAUAUCUUAAACCCAAUGAAUCCCAAAUAUGGUGCAUCCAUGGUGGAGCUGCAGAGAGGAAAAGACAAGAAGAUCAUCUUCUUCUGUGGAACAGAAAACGUGGUGGAGAAUGCGAUCCAGUCUGUGCUUCCAUGCCAACCUUAA